AUGUGUCCAGUCAUGCUGCCCAGCCUUGCUAUCCACCGCACCUCAGUGCAUCCGUACCAGCGAGGAUUCUACUGCAGCGACGUCAGUCUGCGUUACUCCUACAAGAGCUCCACCAUCCCCUCCUCUGUCCUCACUGCCGUGGGGCUCACUCUGCCCAGUAUGGCCGUAAGUCAGACCUACCAUGGAGCACUCUGCCUGGGAGGAGAGAGGGGGUACGCCUGGAGGACUAGAGGUUUGCAUGGUCAACUGGGUCAGACAGAGUGACCAUAUUAGAUUCAAGAUUUAAACAGUGGGUUAGGGUUGGAGUUAACUGGGUGGUGAUUCUGUGACUAUCUCUGGCUGAUCGUCACUCUUCUACACUCAGACGACCAUGUAGGACCAACCUCCGUUCUCUCCUCCUUUGCUAUCCCAUGUUCCCGUGGUGAAACCCGCACGCCCCCUCCCUCUACCUCCUGUUUGUGUCCAAGUCACUGACCUACUGUCUUUGUCUCUCUUCCCCCUCCCUCUCUCUCUCUUCCACUCUCCCUCUCCUCUCUCCUCUCUCUCUCUUCUCUCUCUCUCUCUCUCUCCUCUCCUCCUCUCUCUCUCUCUCUCUCUCUCUCUCUCUUCCACUCAUACCCCCCUCUCUCUCUUCCACUCUCUCCCCCUCUCUCUUCCAAUCUCUCCCCCCUCACUCUCUCUCUCUUCCACGCUCUCUCUCCCUCUCCUCUCCCUCUCCCCUCUCUCUAUUGCUCUCUCUCUCUCCCCUUCUCUCCCUCCGCCCCCUCUCUCUAUCUAUCUCCUGCUCUCUCUCUCUCUCUCUCUCUCUGUGCAGCUGGCCUGCCCUUCCUGAUAAUAGAGACUAGCACCAUACAGCCGUACCACAGAGGUUUUUACUGUUCUGAUGAGUCCAUCAGGUACCCAUAUAAAAAUGGAGACACUAUCAGCGAUGCUGUGCUCUGUGCUGCUGGCAUUCUUAUUGCCAUCCUCUCUGUAAGUCUACCUCUCUGAGUAUCUCUUCUAGUCCCUCACUUCAUACUCCAUAAUCAUCCCUUCCUGUCUCUGUUUGUGUGUGUGUGAUUUUCAUGUGUUGUCUGCUCUGUGUGAAGUCAUUUUCCAUCGCCAUAACAGCAUUGACUCGCUCCACACUGAAUAUAGACCAGUUUCCAUUCUUCUGAUGAGCAAGGGAGGGUGUGUGUUUAUGUGUGUGUGUGUGUGUGUGUGUGUGUGAACCACACACUCCUGGUUUGAGCUGUUGAUGUGAUACAUUACAUUCCCAUGACCCCUGUUGCCUGUUGCCUGCCCUCUGGGCUUGGUGCCCCAGUGCCCUCUCCCACCAAAUGAACACACACACACACGCACACACACACACACACACACACACACACACACACACACACACACACACACACACACACACACACACACACACACACACACACACACACACACACACACACACCAGACACACCCCGCACUGAGUCCUAGCCCCCUCUACUAUAUGAGACCCCAGGCUGUGCUCUGUUGGCGUCUAUCCUGAUGGGGGUACAAUCUAGCUACCAGCUCAGCGCUUCUGCUUUUACAAACCAGGAGUGUAUGUGUCUGAGUGUGUGUGUGUGUGUGUUCUCACAGCUCAUGGUGUGGGUAAGUUGGCGUGUUUUACACAUCUGUAUAUCAUUAGUGGUGUCUCCUGUGAUUCUGACACAGUCUCACUCUGACACACACACACACACACACACACACACACACCACACACAGACACACAGACACAUAGACACACACACACUCUUUCCUAGCGUGGCCUCUUGGCUGUGUUUAUCCCAGGGAAACCCCCUCCUCUCCUCCCCUUCUCUCCCUGACAGACUCUGUCUGCACUGUGGGAUGAGAUAGGCAGCAUGGAGCGAGAUGGAGAGAGGGAGAGAGAGAAUAGAUAUUAGUAUAUAUGGAGAACGCUAGAGGUACAGUAUAUCUCUAGCAGGCUGAGAGGAGGGCAAGUCAAUAUCUUAGGAGCAAUAUAGUGAGAGAGGAGAGGGUGGCUGGGUGUUACAUAGAGGGCUGUGUGUGGGCAUCCAGAGUUCCUGGGGGUCCGCAAUGGGAUGGCGUACCGCUGUGUCUCUUGGGAGGCUGUACCCCACCCCGCCCCCUGCUAGAAAAGUUCAGCUCUAGUGUUACAACAUCACUGCAGGACUCUGAGACAGUGUUAACCCAGAGCCACAUUGUCUCACGUCAAAUGGCGUCAUUCUACACUACGCUCGUCCCUCAACCGAUCUGGCUUGUAGGAUGUGGAACUCAUCUAAAAAUAUAGAGAAUAUGCUCAUCCGCCUAACACUAGUUCCUAAUUCUGAAAAUCACUGUGCUCUCGGUAACUAUGAUGCACUGGCUACUACGGCAAACCAUGCUUGAGCAGCUGAGCAAACUUGCUCCAGCUAGCAGCCUAGUGCAAGCUUCUUUCGAUGGCUAUAAGGUAUCUAGUUUGCCUGCUUGUUGUUUGUGAGUUAUCAGACAGAUCAGUGCCAGAUCAGUGCAUACGGCCGUUGCGCUACCUGACGUGAGACAAUGUUAACCCAGAGCCAUAGAUAGGAUCUCUGUUAUCUCUCUCUAUCUUUGUUAGAGGUGUCAUCUGUCCAUCUCAUCCCCUCCUCCAUCCCUCCAUCAGCUCCUCUGUCAUACCUCAUCAUUAAAGACAUCAUAUCAGUGGUGCCCAAGGGAACGGCAGGCCAUGCUCAAUGUUUCCAUCUCUCUCUCUCUCCAUUAUCCGUUCAUCCUUCUCACUGUCUUUCUCUCCAUCUUGUCUCCAUCCUCCCUGUUUUAUCCAUGUCUUCACUUAAUCAACAUGUGCAUGCUUAAUUACACAUUGUCACUGUGUGUGGAUGUGUUUGACCUAACUGCAUGAUAGUUGACAAUAUCACUCAUCAGAACCCGAUCAGGAGUUUGUUUGUAAUGUUCAAUUCCUUUCACUUCUUCAUCCCAAAUCCUCCUCUCCUCUCCUCUCCUCUCCUCUCCUCUCCUCUCCUCUCCUCUCCUCUCCUCUCCUCUCCUCUCCUCUCCUCUCCUCUCCUCUCCUCUCCUCUCCUCUCCUCUCCUCUCCUCUCCUCUCCUCUCCUCUCCUCUCCUCUUCCCUCCUCUUCCCUCCUCUCCUCUCUAUAGAUUGUUAUAGGAGAGUGUUACAGGAUUCACAAUCUGAGGGAGGGAUCUAAGUCUUUCGUUGGGAACCCUUAUGUCUCAUCUCUCUACAAACAGGUGAGUACUAGUAGAGGUCAGGGUGGGUAGAGACUGGACAAUAAAUGAUAAAUUUCAAUAAUAUUCUGGUUUUCAUGCUAAUGGUUAUAUGGUACUAAUGGUUGUAAUGCAUCCUCUAGGUUGGAGUGUUUAUAUUUGGCUGUGCCAUCAGCCAGUCGUUCACAGACAUCGCCAAGGUGUCAGUGGGCAGGAUGAGACCGCACUUCCUGGAUGUGUGUAACCCUGAAUGGUCAGCCAUCAACUGUUCCCUCGGAUACAUCACCUCCUACACCUGUAAUGGCCCUGAGAGCAAAGUACAGGAAGCCAGGUCAGUACACAUACAAAAACACACAUGCAUGCAUACAAACACACGCACAGAGGCAUGCACACACAUACACACACACAUGCGCCCACACCACACACACACACACACACACACACACACACACACACACACACACACACACACACACACACACACACACACACACACACACACACACACACACACACACACACACACACACACACACACACACACACAGACUACUCAUGUUUGCUUGUUUGUUUUACCAGGAAAUCCUUCUUCUCAGGACAUGCCUCCUUCUCCAUGUUUACUAUGCUCUACCUGGCUGUGAGUAACACAUAUACAUACAUACACACACACACACACACACACACACACGCACGCACGCACGCACGCACGCACGCACGCACGCUCACACACACACUGUGGUACACAGAAACAAUGGGGUGGUGCAGAUGACAGAGGGCAUCAUGGGAAGUAGGUGUAGCCCUUUACACUCGUACCCGUAUACAGGUUGAAAAUGGCAGAUUUUGGCACUGACUAAAUUGGAACGCAGUGGCUGUACAGUAAUACAUGACGUCAGACCUCAGGCUCUGCUUCACAGCUCUGUAUGGGUUUUGACUGGCUGUUCUGAACUUUGCACUGACUGGACGCGACAAGAAGUUUCCCCAUCCCUCUAACUAAUUGUGCAACUUUAGCACAUGUUUUGUUGUCUGAGUGAAGGGAAAUGCUGUGAAUUAAGAGGAAUCGAUGUAUUUUGAAAGAUGAGACAUUGAGGAUUAUAGAAAUGCCACUUUGAGUCCAAAUGUGCGCUUCACAUUUCCAUAUCAUAAAACUAAUUUCAUAUAAAGUGUCAAUGUUUAUGAUCACAAUGUUUGAUGUACAGUUAUGACAUGACGUCAUACCCUGGGUAAUUCUGAACAGAAGGAGCCUAUCUUCAUCUACUGUGAAGAAAGUUUGCCGCGGCACACGCACCUAAAUGCACUCAUGACUCCUUUCUAUUUGCACCAAAAAUACCAUCUGUUUCUCUGGAUUGUCUUGUGAAAGCCUAACAAUUUUUGGAUUGCGUAAACAACAACAGUAACUGUGUGAUGGCGGGGAUGCAGGGCUGUGUUCCAACCAAAACAACUACUAGUGUGCUUCCUCUAGUUCCUCAACAGCACAGCUAGGAGAGCUACAAAAAAAAGCACCUUAUAGUUGAAGACUCUUGAGUCAUAAAAGUGCUUUGAAAUGACAUAGGAACUGUGCACACUUUGGAGAGGUGUGUGGCCACUUGGAGACACCAGUUAGUCCUCUCACUCAUGUUGGACCUACCCCACAUUAUCCAGGAAUAUUCUUAUCAUGUUACUGAAUGUAUUAAGAGUAUUUUCUGAUUUCGUUAUCAACAAAUGCGGCAAAAAGUACAGUAAAUGUAAAAUGCGCAUACAAUCAACAGUGUAAUGUUUGGAUUCAGUCUUGUGUCACGUGAACAGUCUUGUGUCCUCACCUUUGGUCUAAUAGUUUUCUGAUAAUCUCCAAACUGUUCCCUUUGAAUUGCUACCAUGGCUAUGCAUUUCAGAUUUCUUCUGUAAAAAACAUUUCAAUUUAGCGCUAUCCAUAUAGGUCAAUUCCCACGAGUGUAAAGGGUUAAUGAGCUGCAGGAUUCAUCUGCCUGAUGAAAAAUAUAUUUGUUCUCCCUCUAUCCCUCCCCCUCAUCAUCCCGACUCCCCCACCCGCUCAUAGUUUAAUCAGACUUUUCUUUCCUCCUCUUCCUAGAGGGAUGGAUGGAUGGAUGCACUCCACCUGUUUUCCUCUUAACAUUUAAGUCAUUUAGCAGACGCUCUUAUCCAGAGCGACUUACAGUUAGUGAGUGCAUACAUUUUCAUACUGGCCCCCCGUGGGAAACGAACCCACAACCCUGGCGUUGCAAGCGCCAUGCUCUACCAACUGAGCUACAGGGGACUAACAGCUUUCUCUCUCUUUCACUCUUUCUCUUUCUUUCCUUCUCUCUCUCUCUCUCCCUAUCUCCACCUGUUGUGGUCUCUUGAUCCAUCUUCGUACCCCAGCGGGCCUCCACGCUUCCAACACACUAAUUACAUACACUGACCCCCCCCCCAGCCCCCCUCUCUCUCUUUUUCUUUGUCUCUCCCUCCCCUCUUUAUCCCCCAUGUCCUAUUAAGACCGCAGAUAUUCCCACAACUAUGCUCAAUGUUUUGGGCUUGGAUAGGCUGAGCUUGGCUGAGCUGGGUUGGCACGGUUUGCCAAUGCUUCCCGGAGUAUUGUGUGGUAUUUUGUGGUGAGUGCUGGGUAUUUCCCUGCCUCUCUCUGACCUCUCUGACAGCCUCUCUGUUAGAAUGGCAAGAGGGAGUGUAAAAGAGGGAGGGAGGGAAGGAGGGAAGAAGAGAGGUGUGCCUCCAGACCGCAGGCUUGACAUUCAAACCACAAAACCGCAGGCUUGCCAUUCAAACCACAAACAAGUUUUCUGGGAGGUGGAUCUAGUGUGGUGAAGAGAGAGCAAGAAGAGAGGGAAGAAGGAAGAGAGCGAAGACAUAAAAGCCAACUCUCCUUGGAAAUAUAAACUGACCAGACAGUUUGUACAGUACACACAGCGACACACAGCAACACACACCCCAGGGAUCCAGUUUUUCUAAUUGAGGGUUAGUAAACAACAAAUAUUACAGACAUUCUGUGGUGGUGUGGAAUGAUGGCCGGAUUAUCUCUCUUUAUUUCCUUGUUGUGUUUUAUAUCUGUCCCAGAGUGAAUAAGUGAGUCCAUGAGAGAAAGGAGUCUCUCUUCUUGAGUAUAAAUAUUCUGUAAGAAACCACUAAACUGUGGCUUCAUGUCUUCUCAGUCAUUCAUGGAGUUUGGAAAAAAUCUUUAGUUGUUUUUUUAUAGUAGUUUUUCUCAGGACAGAAACACAAUAGUCUUCUGACGGAUGAGUGUUAGUGAGACAUUCCUCAGUCUGUGGUAAGAACAUUUCUCUCAUACUCACACUACAGCCAGUAGCUCUGUAAGACCAGGACUGGAACUACAGCCAGUAGCUCUCCAGGACCAGGACUGGAACUACAGCCAGUAGCUCUUUAAGACCAGGACUGGAACUACAGUCAGUAGCUAUGUAAGACCAGGACUGGAACUUCAGCUAGUAGCUCUCCAGGAACAGGACUGGAACUACAGCCAGUAGCUCUGUAAGACCAGGACUGGAACUACAGCCAGUAGCUCUGCAAGACCAGGACUGGAACUACAGUCAGUAGCUCUGCAAGACCAGGACUGGGACAACAGCCAGUAGCUCUGCAAGACCAGGACUGGACAUACAGCCAGCAGCUCUCCAGGAACAGGACUGGAACUACAGCCAAUAGCUCUCCAGGACCAGGACUGGAACUACAGCCAGUAGCUCUGCAAGACCAGGAGUGGAACUACAGCCAGCAGCUCUCCAGGACCAGGACUGGAACUACAGCCAGCAGCUCUCCAGGACCAGGACUGGAACUACAGCCAGUAGCUCUAUAGAACCAGGACUGCCCUUGCCACCCCUACAGUAGGUCUAGAAAACCUCAUGGUCGGACAACGGCAUACAUUCCUGUCUUACUCACUUCCUUUUCCCUCCUUCCCCUUCACCUUUCCCCCCCUGGAACCUGCGGAAGUCAGAACUCUAAACAUCCCUGAGAGAAAGAGAGAGGGAGAGAGGGAUGGGAGGGUACCUUCCUCUCCUUCCUCAAAGUCAACAAUGAUGAGCAACAAUGAUGAUGAGCUUGUCUUCCAGGAAGAGCAAGUCAGCCUACUCCAUACCUUCCUCUGGGAAUCUACAGCCUGGUCUACAGUUGAUGGGCUAUUGUUAGGACAGCUAAUUAGGCCUUGGUGAGAGUGGAGGGGUGAGAGAGGGGGUGAGGAAGGUAGUGAGGGAGACCUUGGCAGAGGUUGCCCCACCCAGUCUCUGGCUAUUAGAAGCAGGAAGUAUAGGUCUGAGUCUGAGGGGAGAUGAAGAAACACAGGAAGUCCAAGGGUCCACGCCUGACCUCAUUUUGGUGUGUGCGCGUGUGUGUGUGGGGAUGUGCGUGUGUGUGUGUGUGAUUGAGAAUGGCCUUGGCCAUUUGCAUUCCUGUUUUAGUUGUGCUUUGGUGUAAAAUAUAACCCAGCUAAACUGACUGAGUCAGGGGGCAGGAGGUGGAGAGUUGGAGGGCACAUCCGCUUGUCUGCUGUUUAUUCUAAUGGGGGGAGAGAGUUCACUCUGAACAGGUGUUGAACAUGGACCGGAGUGAGUGUGCGUUUCUGUUGGGUUUAGUCAGUGGUCAUGGUGUUUUUUUACAGCUGAAGGGGGAACAUUUAUCAGAACCACAGCCUGGUCUACAGUUGAAGUCGGAAGUUUACAUACACCUUAGCCAAAUACAUUUAAACUCAGUUUUUCACAAUUCCUGACAUUUAAUCCUAGUAAAAAUACCCUGUUUUAGGUCAGUUAGGAUCACCACUUAAUUUUAAGAAUGUGAAAUGUCAGAAUAAUGGUAGAGAGAAUGAUUUAUUUCUGCUUUUAUUUCUUUCAUCACAUUCCCAGUGGGUCAGAAGUUUACAUACACUCAAUUAGUAUCUGGUAGCAUUGCCUUUAAAUUGGUCAAACGUUUCGGGUAGCCUUCCACAAGUUUACAUACACUUAGGUUGGAGUCAUUAAAACUUGUUUUUCAACCACUCCACAAAUGUAUUGUUAACAAACUAUAGUUUUGGCAAGUCGGUUAGGCCAUGUACUUUGUGCAUGACACAAGUAAUCUUUCCAACAAUUGUUUACAGACAGAUUAUUUCACUUAUAAUUCACUGUAUCACAAUUCCAGUGGGUCAGAAUUUUACAUACACUAAGUUGACUGUGCCUUUAAACAGCUUGGAAAAUUCCAGAAAAUGAUUUAAUGGCUUUAGAAGCUUCUGAUAGGCUAAUUGACAUCCUUUGAGUCAAUUGGAGGUGUACCUUUGGAUGUAUUUCAAGGCCUACCUUCAAACUCAGUGCCUCUUUGCUUGACAUCAUGGGAAAAUCUAAAGAAAUCAGCCAAGAUCUCAGAAGAAAAAUUGUAGACCUCCACAAGUCUGGUUCAUCCUUAUGAGUAAUUUCCAAACGCCUGAAGGUACCACAUUCAUCUGUACAAACAAUAGUACGCAAGUAUAAACAUCAUGGGACCACGCAGCCAUAAUACCGCUCAGGAAGGAGACGCGAUCUGUCUCCUAGAGAUGAACGUACUUUGGUGCGAAAAUUGCAAAUCAAUCCCAGAACAACAGCAAAGGACCUUGUGAAGAUGCUGGAGGAAACAGGUACAAAAGUAUCUCUAUCCACAGUAAAACUAGUCCGAUAUCGACAUAACCUGAAAGGCCGCUCAGCAAGGUAGAAGCCACUGCUCUAAAACUGCCACAAAAAAUCCAGACUACGGUUUGCAACUGCAUAUGGGGACAAAGAUCGUACUUUUUGGAGAAAUGUCCUCUGGUCUGAUGAAACAAAAAUAGAACUGUUUGGCCAUAAUGACCAUCGUUAUGUUUGGAGGAAAAAGGGGGAUGCUUGCAAGCCGAAGAACAUCAUCCCAACCGUGAAGCACGGGGGUGACAGCAUCAUGCUGUGGGGGUGCUUUGCUGCAGGAGAGACUGGUGCACUUCACAAAAUAGAUGGCAUCAUGAGGAUCCUAUAGAAGAUUUGUGGGCAGAACUGAAAAAGCGUGUGAGAGCAAGGAGGCCUACAAACCUGACUCAGUUACACCAGCUCUGUCAGGAGGAAUGGGCCAAAAUUCACCCAACUUAUUGUGGGAAGCUUGUGGAAGGCUACCCGAAACGUUUGACCCAAGUUAAACAAUUUAAAGGCAAUGCUACCAAAUACUAAUUGUGUGUAUGUAAACUUCUGAUCCACUGGGAAUGUGAUGAAAGAAAUAAAAGCUGAAAUAAAUAAUUCUCUACCAUUAUUCUGAUAUUUCACAUUCUUAAAAUAAAGUGGUGAUCCUAACUGACCUAAGACAGGGUAUUUUUUACUAGGAUUAAAUGUCAGGAAUUGUGAAAAACUGAGUUUAAAUGUAUUUGGCUAAGGUGUAUGUAAACUUCCGACUUCAACUGUAUCUGCUUCAGAUGUUUACUAUAAAUCUGUCUGUGUAAGAUCAAACGCCUACUGCUCAAUGUCUUUCUGUGUUCAUGCAUUAAAAUAAUAAUCCCUUUUCCUCUCUCUUUCUCCCUCUUUCCAUCCCUCUGUCAGUUUUAUCUCCAGUCCAGGUUCACCUGGCGAGGUGCCCGUUUGCUCCGCCCCCUCCUCCAGUUCACGCUGCUGAUGAUGGCAUUCUACACCGGCCUAUCGCGCGUCUCCGACCACAAGCACCACCCCACAGACGUACUGGCCGGCUUUGUACAGGGAGCCCUGGUGGCCUACUGCAUAGUGAGUACACGCACACACACACUGAGUGUACAAAACAUUAAGAACACCUUCCUAAUAUUGAGUUGCACCCCCUCCCCCCUUUUGCCCUCAGAACAGCCUCAAUACAUCAGGGCAUGGACUUUACAUGGUGUCGAAAGUGUUUCACAGGGAUGCUGGCCCAUGUUGACUCCAAUGCUUCCCACAGUUGUGUCAAGUUGGCUGGAUGUCCUUUGGGUGGUGGUCCAUUCUUGAUACACACGAGAAACUGUUGAGCGUUAAAAACCCAUCAGCGUUGCAGUUCUUGACACAAACGGGUGCCCUGGCACCUACUACCAUUUCCCGUUCAAAGGCACUUAAAUCACCCUCUGAAUGGCACAUAUACACAAUCCAUGUCCUAAUAGUCUUAAGGCUUAAAACUCCUUCUUUAACCUGUCUCCUCCCCUUCAUCUACACUGAUUGAAGUGGAUUUAACAGGUGACAUCAAUAAGGGAUCAUAGCUUUCACCUGGAUUCACCUGGCCAGUCUAUGUCAAAUGUUUUGUCCACUCAGUGUAUAUAUAUAUAUAUAUAUAUAUAUAUAUAUAUAUAUAUAUAUAUAUAUAUAUAUAUAUAUAUAUAUAUAUAUAUAUAUAUAUAUAUAUAUAUAUACACACAGUUGAAGUCGGAAGUUUACAUACACUUAGGUUGGAGUCAUUUAAACUCGUCUUUCAACCACUUCACACAUUUCUUGUUAACAAACUAUAGUUUUGGCAAGUCGGUUAGGACAUCUACUUUGUGCAUGACACAAGUAAUUUUUUCCAACAAUUCUUUACAGACAGAUUAUUUCACUUAUAAUUCACUGUAUCACAAUUCCAGAGGGUCAGAAGUUUACAUAAACUAAGUUGACUGUGCCUUUAAACAGCUUGGAAAAUUCCAGAAAAUGAUGUCAUGGCUUUAGAAGCUUCUGAUAGGCUAAUUGACAUCAUUUGAGUCAAUUGGAGGUGUACCUGUGGAUGUAUUUCAAGGCCUACCUUCAAACUCAGUGCCUCUUUGCUUGACAUCAUGGGAAAAUUAAAAGAAAUCAGCCAAGAUCUCAGAAUUUUUUUUUGUAGACCUCCACAAGUCUGGUUCAUCCUUGGGACAAUUUCCACAUGCCUGAAGGUACCAUGUUCAUCUGUACAAACAAUAGUACGCACGUAUAAACACCAUGGGACCACGCAGCCGUCAUACCGCUCAGGAAGUACACGCGUUCUGUCUCCUAGAGAUUAACGUAGUUUGGUGCGAAAAGUCCAAAUCAAUCCCAGAACAACAGCAAAGGACGAAGAUGCUGUCCUAUAUCGACAUAACCUGAAAGGCCGCUCAGCAAGGAAGAAGCCAAUGCUACAAAACCGCCAUAAAAAAGCCAGACUACGGUUUGCAACUGCACAUGGGGACAAAGAUCGUACUUUUUGGAGAAAUGUCCUCUGGUCUGAUGAAACAAAAAUAGAACUGUUUGGCCAUAAUGACCAUAUUGAAGCAACAUCUCAAGACAUCAGUCAGGAAGUUAAAGCUUGUUUGCAAAUGGUUCUUCCAAAUGGACAAUGACCCCAAGCAUACUUCCAAAGUUGUGGCAAAAUGGCUUAAGGACAACAAAGUCAAGGUAUUGGAGUGGCCAUCACAAAGCCCUGACCUCAAUCCUAUAGAAAAUGUGUGGGCAGAACUGAAAAAGUGUGUGCGAGCAAGGAGGCCUACAAACCUGACUCAGUUACACCAGCUCUGUCAGGAGGAAUGGGCCAAAAUUCACCCAACUUAUUGUGGAAAGCUUGUGGAAGGCUACCCGAAAUGUUUGACCCAAGUUAAACAAUUUAAAGGUAAUGCUACCAAAUACUAAUUGAGUGUACGUGAACUUCUGACCCACUGGGAAUGUGAUGAAAUAAAUAAAAGCUGAAAUAAAUCAUUCUCUCUACUAUUAUUCUGACAUUUCACAUUCUUAAAAUAAUGUUGUGAUCCUAACUGACCUAAGACAGGGAAUUUUUACUAGGAUUAAAUGUCAGGAAAUGUAUUUGGCUAAGGUGUAUGUAAACUUCCGACUUCAACUGUAUAUAUAUAUAUACAGUGGGGAAAAAAGUAUUUAGUCAGCCACCAAUUGUGCAAGUUCUCCCACUUAAAAAGAUGAGAGAGGCCUGUAAUUUUCAUCAUAGGUACACGUCAACUAUGACAGACAAAUUGAGAAAAUAAAAUCCAGAAAAUCACAUUGUAGGAUUUUUAAUGAAUUUAUUUGCAAAUUAUGAUGGAAAAUAAGUAUUUGGUCACCUACAAACAAGCAAGAUUUCUGGCUCUCACAGACCUGUAACUUCUUCUUUAAGAGGCUCUUCUGUCCUCCACUCGUUACCUGUAUUAAUGGCACCUGUUUGAACUUGUUAUCAGUAUAAAAGACACCUGUCCACAACCUCAAACAGUCACACUCCAAACUCCACUAUGGCCAAGACCAAAGAGCUGUCAAAGGACACCAGAAACAAAAUUGUAGACCUGCACCAGGCUGGGAAGACUGAAUCUGCAAUAGGUAAGCAGCUUGGUUUGAAGAAAUCAACUGUGGGAGCAGUUAUUAGGAAAUGGAAGACAUACAAGACCACUGAUAAUCUCCCUCGAUAUGGGGCUCCACGCAAGAUCUCACCCCGUGGGGUCAAAAUGAUCACAAGAACGGUGAGCAAAAAUCCCAGAACCACACGGGGGGACCUAGUGAAUGACCUGCAGAGAGCUGGGACCAAAGUAACAAAGCCUACCAUCAGUAACACACUACGCCGCCAGGGUCUCAAAUCCUGCAGUGCCAGACGUGUCCCCCUGCUUAAGCCAGUACAUGUCCAGGCCUGUCUGAAGUUUGCUAGAGUGCAUUUGGAUGAUCCAGAAGAGGAUUGGGAGAAUGUCAUAUGGUCAGAUGAAACCAAAAUAGAACUUUUUGGUAAAAACUCAACUCGUCGUGUUUGGAGGACAAAGAAUGCUGAGUUGCAUCCAAAGAACACCAUACCUACUGUGAAGCAUGGGGGUGGAAACAUCAUGCUUUGGGGCUGUUUUUUCUGCAAAGGGACCAGGACGACUGAUCCGUGUAAAGGAAAGAAUGAAUGGGGCCAUGUAUCGUGAGAUUUUGAGUGAAAACCUCCUUCCAUCAGCAAGGGCAUUGAAGAUGAAACGUGGCUGGGUCUUUCAGCAUGACAAUGAUCCCAAACACACCGCCCGGGCAACGAAGGAGUGGCUUCGUAAGAAGCAUUUCAAGGUCCUGGAGUGGCCUAGCCAGUCUCCAGAUCUCAACCCCAUAGAAAAAUCUUUGGAGGGAGUUGAAAGUCUGUGUUGCCCAGCGACAGCCCCAAAACAUCACUGCUCUAGAGGAGAUCUGCAUGGAGGAAUGGGCCAAAAUACCAGCAACAGUGUGUGAAAACCUUGUGAAGACUUACAGAAAACGUUUGACCUGUGUCAUUGCCAACAAAGGGUAUAUAACAAAGUAUUGAGAAACUUUUGUUAUUGACCAAAUACUUAUUUUCCACCAUAAUUUGCAAAUAAAUUCAUUAAAAAUCCUACAAUGUGAUUUUCUGGAAUUUUUUUUCUCAUUUUGUCUGUCAUAGUUGACGUGUACCUAUGAUGAAAAUCACAGGCCUCUCUCAUCUUUUUAAGUGGGAGAACUUGCACAAUUGGUGGCUGACUAAAUACUUUUUUCCCCCACUGUAUAUAAUGUAAUGAAGAAAAAAAAAAAUAUAUAUAAAUACUGUAUAUACAGCGGGCUUCAGUGGCCUACUCCCUACUGCAUGGUGAGUUAGUCAUUUAUUGUAUUAUGACUGUAAGGCAGUGGUAUUCAAACUUUUUCAGUGGGACCUCAAAUUUCUUCAACCUGAAUUUCUGGCAACCUCACACCAUCCUAAAUCUAACGACACAACCUUAAAAUCUGUACAUUUCAAUUUUUACAUCAACAGAUAAUGAUUAAUUCAUUACAUUUCCAUGUCUCUUAUCAAAAUUAAGAGAACCAAUGAAUACAUUUACUCAGUUAAAUUGUCUUUUUCAAAUCAUCUUUCUCAAAAACGUCCCAUACAAUAAUCUGUACUAGGGGUCGCGACCCCGACUUUGAAUACACUGCUGUAAGGGUUAAGGUUAAAGGUUAGGGUUAGAGGCCAGAUGAGAGAGAGAGAGAGAGAGAGAGAGAGAGAGAGAAAGAGAGAGAGAACUACAAGACCUUUUCCCUCUCUUUUCUCUCAAUCUCAACUUUCCCUUCCCUCUCACUCUCUCUCCCCCCUCUGUUCCCCUCUGAUUCCCUCUCUCUACACCCCUCUCUCUCCCUUCCUCUCUCUCAUUCUCUCUCCCUCUCUCUCUCUCUUUCUACCCCUCUGUGAAAUAAAGCAGGCAGUGAAGUGAAGAGAAUCUUAUUCCCUUUAAUGAAUAGCACAUUGCCUGGAGCCAGCUCCCCAGAGUAUGUGUGUGUGUGUGUGUGUGUGUGUGUGUGUGUGUGUGUGUGUGUGUGUGUGAAUCCCUACACACUGUAGUUGUGACACAUCGUCUUUCUUGGUUGUUGGCAGAAGAUUUUCAUAACCAUCUACUAAGCCACAUGGUGCCAAGGAAAAUUACAUUUGGUGAGGGGAGAGAAAAAGGGAGAAGGAAAGAGAGAAAGAGAGGGAGAUUGGUUCAUUAUUUUUUCUUUGGUGGGAGGAGGGGGAGAUGAGUGGGAUUCUAACACUUUAGAGCCGUGGUUCCCAACUCCAGUCCAACCGUACCCCCAACAGAACAUAUUUUUAUUGAUUUCUAAUCAUCAGGCCCUAAAUGAGUUGAAUCAGAUAUGUUUGUCCGGGGCUACAACAAAAAUGUGUACUGUUGGGGGUACUCGAGGACCGGAGUUGAAAACCACUGCUUUAGAAGUAUUUCAGCCUCUCGAUAAAGCUAUACUAGAGAGAGGAAGGUACGUACCACUAUCAUCCAUUUACCCACAGGCCUUUUCUGACGCCUGAACGUCUAUAGAAGCAGACAGAUAUGUCAGGCCUCCUCUAUGUAUAGUUAGUGAUCUGUUAGUGAUGCUGAAGACCUCUCUAUGUACACUUCCCCUUACUGCUAUCUCAUGCAGUCUGUGAGCGAGGGGUUAGUUUAAGAACCACACACGCAACACAUGCACCUGCCUGUAGCAGCAUGAGGUUUUAGACACACGCUAUGGGCUGUGCUAGGUUCUGAUGAAAGCCACAGGUUUUGUGGGGCGCUGUGUUCUCUGUACACCAGUAGCCACAGGGGGUUGGGGUUACACAGCAAGCCGUGCCUGUUAGUUUUAGACACGCUCACCUGCUUCCUGCCACAUCAUGAGUCACAUGGUGUGACAGAGGACUCUAAACAUGACUGGCAGUGUUAUUAAAAAUAGUAGAAUGAUGGCAAUCUCUGUAGGGAAAAUACAGACCUGUCCCAGGCUGUACUCAGUGAUGGAGGGAUCUGAUGAAGGGAGGACUUCUCCCUGACUCCCUGAGACAGUGUUCCCCCUUUAAAUGUUCCACUGGCAUGUUUCCAGUAGGGCCACAUUAAGGAGCGCACUGUCCUCCCUCGCCUGGUUUCUGUUGCUGAGUCUGCAUUUCUCACACAAUAGGCUGGGAGGUGGUGUGUUUGCGUGCGUGCGUGCUUGUGUGUGUGUGUGUGUGCACAGGAAGCCUCGGUGCUGUGAUGAGGCCUCGGCCAGCCAGGGGUCAGGGGUUUGAGGUCAGAGGUGGUCAGCAGGGGGACAAGGCCUGCUGUGAUUGGAUGACUACGUCCUUGUGAGGACAGCGGUUUGGAAUGCGGCCCAUAUCUUUAACAGUAGUGGUCAGAGAUACUGUAUGAUACCAUUCACCAAUCUGCUCAAAACACUGCUACACACACACCACAUAUAUGAAUUCACAUUUGUACGCAUGAGCUCACUCACGCACACUUACACACACUUACACACACAUACACAUACAGACACACACACACACAGGGCCUGUUGUUCUAGUGAAGUCUAUUAUGGGUCUCCCUAUGAUGAUGUCAUGACUCAGUCAAAGGUCAUUAGUAAAGGUUGUUAAAGGUCAUGCUCUCACAGCAGGCUGUUUGGAAUCUGACCCCUGACCUCUAUAUCUGUCCCCAUCAGCUCAGCCUGUUUGGAUGUGUGGGAGAAGGAGAGAAGGAAGGGGGAGAGAAGGAGAGAAGGAAGGGGGAGAGAAGGAGAGAAGGAAGGGGGAGAGAAGGAGAGAAGGAAGGGGGAGAGAAGGAGAGAAGGAAGGGGAGAGAAGGAGAGAAGGAAGGAGGAAAGAAGGAGAGAAGGAAGGGGGGGAGAAGGAAGGGGGAGAGAAGGAAGGGGGAGAGAGGGGAAGAGACUAUGCUGUUGCUAAGAGCCUUUUCCAUAGACCCACUUCCUGCCCAACCUGCCCGGUUUCCCUUUUGGCCAAUGAUGUCAUCAGGAGCUCCAUAUCUCUUCGUCCCUCACGGGAGACUCAGGAGGAGGCAGAGGGUGGAGAGAGGGGGAGGGGAGGGGUGAGGAGGAGGGAGGAGAGGGCUGAAGAGAGAGAAGGAGAGAGUGAUGACCUCAGGAAGAGGCUGGCAUUCCAUUCCUCUUCCUCCCUCUGCCUCCCAAGUAACACGCUAGGGCACAGUGAGCUCACUACCUGAGGGGGAAGGGGGAGACAGGGGGAGGAAGAGGUUGGAGAGAGGGCUGAGGAAAGAGGUGAGUAAGGGAGAGACAUCUUCAGCCUGGCUCCCUGUGUUCUAGUCCUAAUAAUUAUGAUGAUGGUGAUGAUGAUGUAGGGCUGUGGUCACUGUGAGCCAUAUUCAGUCAUUUCCUCUGGUCAAAUUCCUCACUCUAGCUGCUUAUCAUGUGUAGGUAUAGUCCUUUAACAUCUCUCUCUCUCUCCCCCCCAGGUGUUCUAUGUAUCUGACCUGUUCAAGCCACAGGAGAAGCCUACCUCGCCCCCUCCCUCCCCCAUCAAGAAGGAGCUCCUCCCCCCUGCUGACAUCGUCGAGCGGAACAACCACCACAACAUG